AUGAAUACGACAGAAACUGCUGAAGGGUCGUCAUGUAAAGGACAAGAAAAUGGCGACGCAUCAAAUGAAUCUGAGCGCCCACUCAAGAAAGCACGUUUUGCGUGGCAAGUCAAAGGCAAAUACCAUUUAAAAAAUGAUGCAAAUGAUACAGUCAAAGCAUCUUCAACAACAUCACCAGAUCCUGACACAGCUUUACCCUCUGGUAGUGGAAGUAGCAGUAGCAACAGAGACACUGAACAAAAGUUAGAAAUAUUUGGAGAUUAUUUAAUGAAACAAGACUUCCAGACCCUUGACUGUGUAAUUUCUGCCCCCGACGAGUCUCUUACGCCCAGUACAAGUAUACCAGUAAACGAAAGGUUGCCUUAUCCGCGAUAUAUGAGUUCCUAUGAACAGAAUAUGCCUAACAGUGUAUUUAAAAAAAACAGUGAAAGUAGUAACAUCACAAAAACCCUUCCUUCCUCAGUGGUAGUUGCACCAAGUUUUACAGAAGAUCAGUGCAUAGCUCGCUGGCAGAUAAUACAGAUGGUCAGAGGUUUUAUUGAUAACACCAUAAACCGAGUAUUGGAUCUUGAGCUACAACCUCCAUUACCGCCUGAAGAUGGUCGCUUCUAUUAUGUGGCCCGUGAUGUAGCAGAUUUCAUAAACAAUUUACCUGGAGACAACAGUAUUGAAAAUGAAGGAAUACUUAUGGCAAUAUCUGCACAUGGAUUACAACACCCAAGAAAUUCUUACAGUAACAUUCACAUAGAGAACAGUAACCGUAAUAGAGUACCAGAUGAUGCAGACAAUAUUCAUCUAUUGACACCCUUGCCCUCUGAUGAUGAAUCUCAUGAACCAGUGAACAAUAUCAACGAAUGUGAUACUGAUACAUCCUCUAAUGAUUUAGAUAUGUCAUGGUCAUAUGAUGAUCAAAAAAAUGAAAACAGUGACAUGACUGUGUUUCCACUAUUUCCAGACUCUACUAAUUUGUCAUAUCAAAGUGUUAAUGAAAGUCCUCAGAAUUCCAGCACUGAAUGUGAAGUAAUUGAAAACCCUGUUGACAAUCACUGUGAUUUUGUGGAUGAGGCGAUUUUAUUUGCUAUACAAAGCAAAGGAUUGACCACAUUUGGUUCUGAUUAUGGCUAG